AGGAGAAGCCAAGACCCAGACUCACUGCUCCUAAGAUCCCGGAAGGGGAGAAAGUAGACUUUGAUGACAUCCAGAAGAAGCGUCAGAACAAGGACCUCAUGGAGCUCCAGGCGCUCAUUGACAGCCACUUUGAAGCACGGAAGAAGGAGGAAGAGGAGCUGAUUGCCCUCAAGGAGAGGAUAGAGAAGCGCCGUGCGGAGAGAGCUGAGCAGCAGAGAAUCCGCGCCGAGAAGGAGAAGGAGCGCCAGAACAGACUGGCGGAAGAGAAAGCCCGGAGGGAGGAGGAGGAUGCCAAGAGGAGAGCCGAGGACGACUUGAAGAAGAAGAAGGCCCUGUCCUCCAUGGGCGCCAACUACAGCAGCUACCUGGCCAAGGCCGACCAGAAGAGAGGCAAGAAGCAGACCGCCCGGGAGAUGAAGAAGAAGGUGCUAGCAGAGAGACGCAAGCCGCUCAACAUCGACCACCUCGGCGAGGACAAGCUGAGGGACAAGGCCAAGGAGCUCUGGGACACCCUCUACCAACUGGAGACCGACAAGUUCGAGUUUGGGGAGAAGCUGAAGCGCCAGAAAUAUGAUAUCAUGAAUAUGCGGGCCAGAGUGGAGAUACUGGCCAAGUUUAGCAAGAAGGCCGGGGCCCCGGCCAAGGGCAAAGUCGGCGGGCGCUGGAAGUGAAGCAGCCAGAGGAGUUCCCAGAGGCAGAGACCCUCGGCCUGUGCAGCCUGUGCGGCAGCAUCCGGCCCCCAGGCCUGGGGGCGCGGGGCCCACCCCCGAGCACCCCCCACGUCUCUGUCCUGGCUGCCCCCAUCUCCCGGGGUCUGUGAAUAAAGCUGGCAGACUCCCCUCCA